AUGGCUUCCCUCGCAGCUGGAGAAGCUCUCUCGGGAGCGGAUGAGCAAGUUCUCGUCGAGAAGACGGCCGACCUCAAAGUGUCUGAGCCGACCGGCCAGGGGGAGCAACCACCUCACAGAUCUCACGACCCUCAGUACAACCAAAAGAGGAGCGACCCAUUCCAGUUUGGCAGCCGUCUGCUUAGCGAGCAGGAUGAUGUCUUCGAGUUCAACGCUUGGGACCAUGUCGAGACUGACGAUGCAUACAAGGAGUAUGCUGAGCAGCAGUACGAAAUGCAGCGGCAGUCUCCGGUCUCUGACUUUGAUAAAAACAGACUGAACAACAAUCCAGCGAGAAUGUGGGAUCUUUUCUACAAGAACAACACAGCCAACUUUUUCAAGAACCGCAAGUGGCUGCAGCAGGAGUUUCCCAUCUUGUCCGAGGUGACCAAGGAGGAUGCUGGCAAGAUUACAAUCCUUGAAAUCGGUGCCGGUGCGGGUAACACUGCUUUUCCUAUUCUCGCUUCCAACAAGAACCCAAGCCUUAAGGUCCAUGCCUGUGAUUAUUCGAAGCAGGCCGUAGAGGUCAUGCGGACCCAUGAGUCCUACAACCAAGACCACAUGCAGGCGGACGUCUGGGACGUGACGAGCGAUGAGCUCCCGCCAGGUCUUGAGGAAGGGACCGUUGACGUUGCUAUUCUCAUCUUCAUCUUCUCGGCUUUGGCCCCCAGCCAGUGGAACAAGGCGGUUGCCAAUGUCCACCGUCUACUUAAGCCAGGCGGCCAGGUCUGCUUCCGAGACUAUGGAAGAGGUGAUCUCGCCCAGGUUCGCUUCAAAAAGGGUCGCUACCUAGAUGAAAACUUUUACGUGCGCGGCGACGGUACCCGUGUUUACUUCUUCGAAAAGGAGGAGCUCGAGCAAAUUUGGACCGGCAAGACGCAAGAAGCGUCGGAAGUCGCCAAGGCCGAGUUCAAUGUUGACGACCUCGGCGUUGACAGGCGCAUGCUCGUCAACCGAGCCCGCAAGCUGAAGAUGUACCGAUGCUGGAUGCAGGGUCGGUUCACGAAGAAAUGA